AUGCGUGAGAUUAUCCACAUUCAAACAGGUCAGUGUGGAAACCAAAUUGGAACAAAGUUCUGGGAAACUAUAAGCAAGGAGCACGGAAUUGACCCUUCCGGAAUAUACACUGGAACCUCAGACAUUCAGAGAGACCGAAUCGAGGUAUACUACAACAUGUCCUCUUCAGGAAAGCAUGUGCCAAGAGCUUGUCUUGUGGAUCUCGAGCCAGGAACAAUGGAUGCUGUAAAGAGUGGAACAUAUGGAGACCUAUUUAGACCAGACAACUUUGUUUUUGGACAGAGUGGAGCAGGUAAUAAUUGGGCCAAAGGACAUUACACCGAGGGUGCUGAACUGGUUGACCAAGUGAUGGAUGUUUUAAGGAAAGAGUCAGAGAGAUCCGAUUCUCUUCAGGGAUUCCAGUUGACACAUUCACUGGGAGGAGGCACUGGCGCAGGAAUGGGCACUCUUUUGGUAUCGAAGAUCAAAGAGGAAUAUCCAGACAGAAUGCUUGCUACCUUCUCGGUGGUGCCUUCUCCAAAGGUGUCCGAUACUGUGGUGGAGCCAUAUAAUGCUACGCUUUCCAUCCACCAAUUGGUUGAGAACGCUGACCAAACAUUCUGUAUUGACAAUGAUGCGCUGUACGAUAUAUGCCAUAAAACAUUGAAAAUGAAGAGUCCAGGAUAUGAUCAGCUGAACCAUCUCGUUUCGCUUGUUAUGAGUGGAGUGACCACUUGUCUUAGGUUUCCGGGCCAGCUCAAUUCCGACCUAAGGAAGCUGGCAGUUAAUAUGAUUCCAUUUCCACGUCUUCAUUUCUUCUGUGUAGGAUUUGCACCUUUAAUAGCCGAGGGUUCCCAAAGAUUUAAGACCUACUCUGUAAAUGAACUCACCGCACAGAUGUUUGAUUCCAGUAACAUGAUGACGGCCUGUGAUCCAAAGCAUGGCAGAUAUCUGACAGCUGCUGCAGUCUUCCGGGGAAAGAUGUCCAUGAAGGAUGUGGAGGAGCAAAUGUCCAAUAUGCAGUCUAGGAACAGUGAGUAUUUUGUUGAAUGGAUUCCUAACAAUGUUCAGACUGCUGUCUGCGAUGUGCCACCCUACGGCUUUGACAUGUCUGCUACGUUUAUUGCCAAUACCACCUCUAUUCAAGAGCUCUUCAAGAGAAUCAGUGAACAGUUUAUGGUUAUGUUCAAGAGAAAGGCGUUCUUGCACUGGUACACUGGCGAAGGCAUGGAUGAGCUUGAGUUUGCCGAGGCCGAGUCUAAUUUGAAUGAUCUUCUUAGUGAAUAUCAACAAUAUCAAGAAGCUACCGUUGAGGUAGGUGAGGAAUAUGCUCAAUAA